AUGAGCAGCUACUACUCCUCGGACGACGAGGUGGACGUGCGCAUACGCCACCGCCGUGAGCCGUCGCCGUCGCCCGUCCACUACGUCCAAGCGGUCCGCCCGCCCCGGCCGCGCAGCUACUAUGCCACCGGCCCCAGCUACCUGAUGCCCGAGCAGACCAUGGUGACGACCCGGACCCGGUCACGCUCCCGCGAGCGCCGCUCGAGCCCGCCCCACGCCGUGGCGGCGCCUCCGCCGGCCCCCGUCAUCAUCAACAACCGCAUCUACAACGAGCACUCGUCCGACGAGGAGGACGGCGGCCGGCUCGUCCUGCGCGGCCGCUCCCACUCCAAGGUCCGCUCCCGCGCCGGCUCCAGCGACUACAUGACCCGCGAGGACUAUGAGCUCGAGCGCACCCGCCGGGAGCUGGAGGAGCUCAAGCUCAAGCAGCGCAGCGCCCACAACGACAGCGAGGUCUACGAGCUGAAGCGCGCCCGGCGCGAGCUGGAGGAGCUGCGCGCGCAGCAGGAGCGGGACCGCGAGUCGCGGCGCACCGCCAAGGAGUACCGCGAGGAGGCCGAGCUCAAGGCCGCCAAGCGCGAGCUGGACGAGAUCAAGCGCAAGGAGGAGCUGGAGGCCGAGGAGAAGCGCAUCAAGAAGGAGAUGGAGCUGAAGCGGCUCGAGGAGGAGCGGCGCGCGCACGAGGAGAAGAAGCGCCGCGAGAAGGAAGCCGAGGAGGCCGUCGAGCGAUAUAAGCAGAAGGAGGCCGAGCGCCGCGAGAAGGAGAAGAAGGAGAAGGAGCAGGCCGAGAAGGAGUACCAGCGUCGCCUCCAGGAGGAUCUGAUCCACGCUGGUGUCGACGAGAAGGACAUUGCGGCUAUCAUCAAGAAGGAGAAGGUCAAGGCCGAAAAGCAAAUUGCCGAGCGGCCAACAUAUACCCGCAUGGCAAGAAGGCACCUCUCCAUUGAGACCCUGCGAGUCUACGGCAUUGAUUUUGACUAUGAUACGGAUCCAAACUAUGUCCUGAUCAAGCGCUGGGUCCCUGAAGCUGAGCAGGACGUUCUGUGGAAGCAUACCAGGGUCAUCCGAGAGAAGAGAGACUCCAAGCUGCUGCUGACGAUUGAAGACAAGCCGAAGCACCACCACGGCGGCGACUCCAAUUUCGAAUGGGUCAGAAAGAAGGAGCGCAGGCGAAGCAAGUCUCCUGGCCUGUUGAUGUACCUGGCUGGCGCCAAAUAA